AUGGAAAUCGAGAUAAAGUUGGUGCUAUCUAUCAUUAUAGCAGUUAUUGUUAGCAGGUCUAUUUUAAUUUAUCAUAGCUAUUUAUCAUCAGACCAAGUGAUCUCCAACGAACAAGGUAAGACGAUCAUCAAAUGUUUAUCAUGUUUAUUCGCUAUCAUCACAAACAACAGAGAACGAUUACCAGGAGAUUCAGUCGUGAUAGUGCCGAACUUAAUUCCUAUUUUAGCCGGCUAAAAUAGUUCAAUACGGCAUUUGAUUCAAACGUCGAAUUUAACUCUGUUCGCUGCCAAUAUUCCCAGACUCUAAAUAAUACAUACUAACUUACUAGAAUUCAAGCAUUCUCGGCACAAGUGAAAUCCGACGUUUCCAUCAAGAGGCGAACCUGAACCUAAGUCGAAUCUUCGACUCUUUCAGUCAAAGAUACGGCGAAAGUCGCAUUUAAUUUAAACAGUCGAAUUUAACUGAUUUAAACGUCGCACUUCACAUGCAUUUAACUCUCGCAUUAAGUUCGGCGCAUGUGAAAUUCAACGUUUCAACCGGGCCUGAAUCAAGUGGACUAACAAGUAAAUGAGUUGCGAUGCAUUCUAAAAAAGAUGUUUUUAGACCGUCAUUUUUGUGCAGUUUUAAACAUGCAUUGUUACAAUUCCUAGAUUUUGUCGUCACAGGUUUUAGUUAUUUUAACCGGGGUCGUGAGGUGGGGGGGAGCGGCUUCUGCCUAUGAUGGCCUAUACUCAAUUGGGGGCGGGGGGGUCCUCGCGAAAAUGGUAGCUUUCAAGGAUUCAGGUAUAAAAAGGACACUACAUCGCCUUGAACCCGGACAGGGGUAUAAAUCAAAGUUAUAAGAUGGGUAGCCGCAUUAUAAUUGUUCGUCAAAAGCAGCUCGAUCAUUUCCAUUGAUAUUAAUGAAAGGGUAGGAAAAUAUUUCAUUUGGAUUUCAGUUUUUAAAAGGCCGAAAAGGGACCUUUGAUUUAAAUCUUUCGAACAAACACAGCUUACGGCUGUUGAAACUUUUAGUUUAUUAAACUCGGAAAAUAACAAAAGAGUUCCUGUUUAAGGCUACAUUACAGGGGCGGAUCUAGGGGAAGGGUGCAGGGGGUGCGCACCAACCCUCCCCCCCCCCUGAGAUGACCUGCGGUUUUUUAAUACAACUGGUAUUCUGCAAAAAAAAAAAAACUAUGUGGUUCAUUGGUGUUGAAGUAGAGCAAGAGACGAGUGCACCCCCUCCUAAAAAAAAUCCUGGAUCCGCCCCCUGCAUUAUCGUGCAUCUUAAAACUCAUUCCGGGUUUUGAAAAGGGGACUCAUUGUUUUAAAGUAGGUGUGUGAAAGCGGUACCUUUUUCCAAUAGCGGGUAUAUGAAAGCGGUACCUUUCAUCUGUCAAAUGCCAAAAAAUGCGGUAAUACUGACUCCUGGCCUCAGACCAUGUAUGUAACAAUUAGCCGUUAAUAGGUUCCCCCCUCCCCCACAACGACGGGAGGUUUUAGCCGUCACAGUAAAUGCUUAAGUGAAAGGGGCUCGAGGACGAAUCAGCAGCUUGCGGUCACAGAGCUUACUGCUGACUUUUAGAUGUCUUACGGUCGCCAUGGCAUAUGUUUGGUAUUCCCUUCGCUGUGGCCAGAAUUUGAUUGCCCGUAGCGCGCCUUUGACUGUCGAGAAGGUUCAGAAUCUGGAGGCCUUACAGAACGAUCUAAAUGUACAUUGUAUAUAGUUCACAAAGCCCUUGGUCACAUAUUGCUGAAGAUUGAAAUGCAAUGAAUAUUUUUAUGUAAAAGUUCAUGAAGAAAAAAAAGAAGCCUUCAAUCGAAAACGGAAAAGAGAAAAAAAAAACCUCAGUUACACUUUAACUUGGUGAUAAUAUAUGCCUCUUUAUAUGGCCUUUUUAUAUUAAGUUCAUUAGCUCUGUCUAUUUAGCGUCAACCUUCAUUAAAUAUAGUUUUUGUCUUAUCUUAUCUCAUAUGGAAGUAAGGAAUCGAAAAGGCAGAGCAGUUUGUUUGCGUGGCGUUAAUAUGGAAUGUUACAAUGCUGAUCAACAAUGUGACGCUGCAUGAAUUUUCCCUUUCAGUGUUAGAUAAUACUGCUCCUAACGACCCCUAUGCAAGCUACCUUUUGUGGCCGCACUUCAGUUUCGUUGGAACAUUCCGAGCCGAUUUCUCAACUGUAGACGAUAUUGUCUCCAACUAUAAUCCAAAUAAGACAAGGAAAAACCCGUCCAAGAACCCAAAGGGCAGUGACGAAGGGAGUGUGAAUGCCUUGGUUACCCAGAUGUGCUUUGCUAAUGGCACCUGCUCGGCGCCAGACGUUGAAGAGAUACCGGUAACAGGUACAAAUAACGAUUUUUUUUUAUUAUAUAAUGGUUCUAGUCCGAUACACUAAAGCUAAUAUCUUUUUUCCGUUUGUCAAGUUUGAUUGGUUACGCGUCGCGGAUCUAGCAAGUUCUUCUGAAAUCUCAGAAGCAUAUAACUCAGUAUAAAAUUUGCCCUAAAAGUGGGAAAGUGGUAAGUUAAACGCUGAUAAUUGCAAAUAAAACUCCGACGUUUCGGCAAUGCUGCCUUCAUCAGGGAAGGCAGCAUUGAUGAAGGCAGCAUUGCCGAAACGUCGGAGUUUUAUUUGCAAUUAUCAGCGUUUAACUUACCUUCCACUUUUAACACAUAACAAACGCUACCGGAACCCCUUUUAUUUGAAUAAAAUUUGCUCUGUCGUUUCUCAGACGUCAUUUCGCGGGGAAACCAGUGGUGGCGCUGCAAAAAGUCGGUUGUUUCCUCAGGCUAUAUACGCCGGGCUCCUCCAAACGUUUUAAUUAAAAAAAAAAAAAGCAAAUAGCGUAAAAGCGUUUUGGUUUUUUUUUUCCCGGCAGCGACGUCAUCACCGAUAAACAAAGUAGGGGGAAUAAAAAAAUAACCGCACUUUAAUUGUUUUAUUAUUCUGAUUAUUUCUUGACAUCAUAUCUUUCAGAUACUGGGACCAAAACGUUUGCAAAGAUUGUGAAUUUGGACCCCCAAGCGGCGUUUUCGGAAAUUUGGGGUUGGAAAAUUCGAGUGGGACAUUCUUUCUCUGGCUAUUUUAAUCCAGUUCCUUUCAAGUAUCUGUAUGGAAGGCGUGGCCGCAGAGCUGUCUAUCAGUCUGAAUUACUAGAUGUGGAGUGGAACGAGUCUCCUUCCUCAUCAGAUUUCUUCAAACAGCUAAAAGAAGCAAUGGGAAAUGACAACAUAAAUUCUCAUCAACUUUCAAUGCGCUUUAAUGUGGAUGUGUAUGUGGGGUACUCGGAGCAAUCGAACUUUACAACAGGAAGGAUCUCAGGUCUGAUUUUGAAUAAUAGCUACAAUCAAUAUUUAUGUUUGAUGCUGACAUUCUUGUUAUAUGCUUAUUAUGUUUUGCUUUGUUUCGGACUUAUAUAUCAAAAAAGAAAACUAAUCGUCAUCAAAAGGCAAAAAAUAUCAUUUUUAGGUCUGUAGCAGUCUGGGUCUGUAGGUUUUGCUGGCUGAAUUGUUGAAUUUAAAAGAUGUUCAAAAUUGGCCCCAAAAUCGUUUUAAAAAUAGACUGGUCCGCAAAAUCGCCGUGACACGAACGCAUAGAAGUUGCUCGCUCUGGGUUAUGGGCUCCCGUCCAAUGCUACAACUAACCCUCGGACAUACACGCACAGUCCUACCCCCACCGUGGUUAGGGGGGAAGGGGGGUUUAGGACCCCCCCUCUUGAGGUUUUAGUAAUUUGCAGUAUUUCGAAAAGUUUUUGCCUUCAGUAGAGAGCCUUUGAUCCUCUCUACCCGAGAUGAGGUUACGACACAUGGUCGCCAUCUUGGCCGCUAUCUUUAUCACCAAUUUGAAACUACGUAAAAACGGCCAGAAUUAAGUAGUAAUUAUUUAUGCUUGAAAUGUAAAACAACACAUAAAUAAGUACUUUGCUUCGAUUGAUCCAUAAGCUUUACUUUAAUUGUUGAAAGAAGUUGAAAAACAUGCAAUUUCACUCAAAAAUGAAUUGACCAUCUGCUACUUAUGGCAUCAUAGCCUGCGUAGCAAGCGUUUCAAAUCGAGUUAUUGCGCGAAAGUUAGAACGGGAGCAAAAAAAAAAAAAAGAUGGAAGGGAGAGGGGGAAGGGAGAAGAGGAAACGCUUGCCUGCACACCCCAUGAUUUUGAAAAACGCCCCUUGAUAUUUCAUAAUUCGGUUCAUUUGUAAAUUGACAGCUCGUCAAAAUAGAAGUAUAACGAACAGAUUACCCCUGGAUUACCACAUUUGUAAAAUUACUUUGUUCUUUAAUAGAACUCAUUCCAGGCGAUUCCAAAAACUGUAAUAGAAAAGGUUUACGAUAAAAGGAGGUUGAAACUCUGAGCGAUUGCUACGGAAUUUCUUGUCAGUUUUUAUUGUGUGGCUUUAUCUCGUCUGAACCCUUGUCAAAACGUCAAAAAUGAUUUGUCCGGAACAAUUCACUCCACCGGCUGUAAGUUUUGCAGAGCGGCUGCUCUUCAGCCCGUGUCGAAAUUGUUCUCUACAAUACAUCCCGCUAAACUUCCAAUAAACAAAAAGAAUCUUUUCAUUUCAAAAAGCUGACAAAUGGUUUGUCCAUGGCUUUAGCUAAGUGUCGAGUACCGAUAUUCUGAUUUACGUUGACGUUAUCUCCAACAAACAGUCCAUUUUUUCCAGUCAGAUCCGCACGCCGUCAUUCCCAAUAAAUUGGAUUUGACUAGUCUCCACUGCUCGAUCUCCAAUAGCUCUGAUCGCAUAAACCUUUGCACAAACACGAUUCAAAGAAAUAUCAGUCCAUCUGCGACCAAAAAUCAGAUGAGACCAGAUCUGUAACGCAAGUAAACAAAGUAUACCUGGUUUGAUUGAUGUUUCGAGUGCUAAGUAAUCAACACUACCAGCACCGCACCAAUCAGAAGCUGCGUUCGUGGGCGAACGCAGUUUUUCAAAUUCGUGGGGUUUGCGGGCAAGCGUUUCCUUCUUUCCCUCCCCCUCCCCUGUCAUUCCUUUUUUUUGCUCUCGUCUCAAGUUUCUUGACGAACUCGCGCGGAAACGCUUGCUACGCAGGCUAAUGGCAUCAUAUCUCGUUACCACAGUAACUGAUCAUCACUACACUUGUGUCAAAAUGAGUGCGAAGGAUAAACGAACAGUUACUGAAAAUGUUAGGUGCUAAUGUUUGUUCGUCUAGGAAACAACUCAGAAAAACCUGAGAGGCGGGUGUCAUCUAUCAUCUGAACUGUAGGAAACUUACUAGAGACUGUUGAAUUGACUUUAAACAAUACUAAACCCUUUGUUGUUCGUUUUUUGCUUCAUUUUUCAGGAACAAUUGGUCUGUUAGGCAAGAAAUCUCCGCCAUUCUUUAUUUUAGGCCGCUCAAUGAAGUCGCAGAUAGAUAAUCUCCAGGAAACGUUUUUCUACGUGGACCAACAGAAUAAAAAAGUUUUUAUUGACUUUGGAAACAGUUUACCAGUUAACAGCGACGGAUCUAUGAGUACCAGUCAUUAUGGCGAUCUCUACGUGGCUUUACCUAAAGGAGAACACCCAAAGCUGGAUUGUUCUGAUGAACUAAUGUGGAUUGGCAGUGUUGAUUACAAGUUGCCACAAUGGUACCGAAACACAAGUGGGAUCCAGACUUUUCCGGUCAAGGGUUCAUCGUCUAUUGUUUAGCUUCCUUAAGCUAUAGAAAAUUCUAGGCAAUUUUUGCUUUUCCGAACAGAUAUUUUACAGAAAACAAUCGUUCGGUGCCCCUGUUUCAUUUUCGCCGCUGUAAGCUGAUUUAGCAACUGCUCUCAUCUGUGGAAACUAAACUACGCGCAGCAAAUUGCGUUCACUGAUAAGUAAUAUGUGUUUUUGUUUUCCAUCUUGGCAUAGUAAAGGACACUGGUUCAUUUAUUUUGGCUUAAUUCUUGUUAGCUGGCACUGAUGAGAUCUGAAAAAAGGUAUUUUUGAAUUUCAGAUUUCAAGUUUACUCAGCUGGUAAAUAUGCUGCAAUCGCGUGAUCCGGUGGGUGACCUGACUGGAUUGCCAGUGGCCAAUCAGGGGAAAUCAGCACAGGUAUAACUUUUAGUUUAUAUUUCCAGUGCUCAAAGCUAAGAACCGUUUCUUCUUGAAGAAAUUCAUCAGGCUAGUAAAGUUAAUAAGUCGAUUUAAAUGUUCUUAAAACAUAGCCAGUCUUAACGUCUUAAUGAUGCUGACAGUUUCGAUGACUGUCAGCCAUUUUUAUCAACACUUGAAAAACAUUAAAAGUGUCAGAAGCCUUAAAUAGGCUUCUGAAGGUGUUAAUUAUUGCGAUAAACGCGCAAAGUUACUCUGUAGACGCCCCCUCUCCCCCUGGUUUGGGGGUGGAGAUCACUUGUGUCCAUAUGGGAGAAAGCUGAUAGGCUCCCUCGGUCACUGAAAAAAAACGGCCCUUCGGUCACUGAAACAGGACGAUUCCAUCAUGAUACUGCCAGCAGACAAGGGAAGAGCCACAGUAGUCAUGGAUAAGACCGAGUAUGAGGAAAAAGUCAACACCAUGUUGAAUGACGUUCACACUUAUGAGAAAUUGCAGGCCGAUCCAACCAGUUCUUAUAAGAGAAAGCUGAUCGAAAAACUGACCAAGUUAAAAAAGGAUGGCAAGAUAACGGAAGAUCAGUACAAAUACUUGUACCCUACAUCUGAGGCCACACCCCGAUUGUACUGCGCACCAAAAAUCCACAAGGCUAACAACCCUCUGGGACCUAUUGUGGAUUACACAGGAUCGACUGGUUACAAUACAUCUAGAGCCCUAGCUGACCUCCUGGGACCUCUGGUCGGCACUACGGAACAUUAUGUCAAAAAUUCCAAAGAGCUUGCUGAAGAAUUAUCCUCAGUCACAUUAGAACAAGAAGACAUCUUCAACUCCCACGAUGUUGUGUCACUAUUUACCAAGACCCCUAUACAGGAGACAUUAACCAUCAUAAGAGAACGCCUAGAUAAAGAUCAAGAUCUAAAGAACAGAAUAAACCUAGAGGUUGAUGAUAUAAUGGAUCUCACAGAAUUUAUUGCCACCACCACAUACUUCAGUUUCAGGGGACAAUUAUUCAAACAGAAGUUCGGCACAGCCGUGGGCAGCCCAGUAUCCCCGAUCCUGGCUAACUUCUUUACGGAAUGGCUAGAACAACAGGCCAUCGCCACUGCUCCCAUAGACUGUAAACCUAAGCUACGGAAACGAUAUGUGGAUAUCCUAGAAAUCAUUAAGAGGGGAAAGGUGGAGGCUCUGAUAGAUCAUCUCAACGAAAUAGACUAAACAAACAGCAUCAAAUUCACGCACGAACCAGAGAAAAAUGGCCAGAUCCCGUUUCUGGACACCCUUAUCACCAGGAGGGAGGACGGAUCCAUCAAACUACUGGUUUACAGGAAAGCCACACAUACAGACCAGUACCUGUCGUUUCAAUCGCAUCAUCCACUUCAGCACAAACUUGCUGUCAUACGGACGUUAUUGGAAAGGAGUGACAGCAUUGUCACGGAAGAAGAAGACCGUAAACAAGAGGAAGAACACAUAAGAACAGCCCUUCAUACAUGUGGUUACCCGGAUUGGGCGAUAAAGAAGGUCAAAGAGCAAAUGAACAGGAAGAAAGCUAUUAGAAAAGAUAAAUCCAAGAAAGAUAAAGCACAAGAAAAAUCAAGAGGAGUGGUGACUGUCCCAUAUGUCCACUCAUUCACGGAGAAAAUACAACGUAUAUUCACCAAACACAGGGUAGCCACAGUGGUUAAACCUCAAACCACCUUCAGACAGGUUUUAGUUCACCCUAAGGACAAAGUUAAGAAGCAAAAAAAAAAAGGCUGGAGUGGUGUACAAUAUUCCAUGCAGCCAAUGCGAAAAGGUAUAUAUCGGUGAAACAGGGAGACAGCUGGGAACCAGAAAAACAGAGCACAGAAAGGAAGCAGAAAAGAUCUCUGUCAGAAAUUUCAUAAGAUCCACCCGCAGAGCUUCUACCAAUGAACACCAUAAAUCAGCCAUAACAGACCACGUCUGUCAGAAAAAUCAUAGUAUGAAUUGGGAAGCAAGUGAAAUAGUUGAGCAGGAAAGCGACAAGUUUAAACGAUGGAUCAAGGAAAGCAUAUGUAUUAGAUCGAACACUCCUACUAUGAACAGGGACGAGGGAGCCUAUCAGCUUUCUCCAAUAUGGACACAAGUGAUCUCCACCCCCAAACCAGGGGGGGGGAGGGGGAGGGGGCGUCUUCAGAGUGACUUUGCGCGUUUAUCGCAAUAAUUAACACCUUCAGAAGCCUAUUUAAGGCUUCUGACACUUUUAAUGUUUUUCAAGUUUUGAUAAAGAUGGCUGACAGUCAUAGAAACUGUCAGCAUCAUUAAGACGUUAAGACUGGCUAUGUUUUAAGAACAUUUAAAUCGACUUAAGAACCGUUUUAGGCAAAUGAAACGUUAGCACCGGUAUGUUAUAAUCAAGUGAAGGUGGUUUUUAAAGUGUGCUUGUAAGCGUAUAUGGAUGUUCCAGGUUAGUUUAUGAGAAUUUUUUUAUUCAAAAAUAAAAAUAUUUUCUCUUUGAUUUGUUCUAAUUGGCCCCGGCCAAUCCUUCAUACCGUCGCAUGCAAUGUGUUCUUCCUGACACUUAUCCUAAUCUACAUCCUGAUAAAAAAAAAGUAAAACAGUAACUAUCUAACAUACUUCAGUCAUGGUCACUGACGCCUUCCUAGUCUACCGGUGGAAGAAAACGCGCGUCCAUCAGAUAUUGGCAGAUAUCUGCUGAUUCUGAAUGUUGUUAUUGUCGUUGUGUUGCUGCUGGUUACACUUCAAAGAUUAAAUAUAAGUGCUUGCAUUUUUUCAGGGUGGUAUAUUUCCAGGCGAAAACGUAACGUAAAAGUAAUUAAAAGCGAGAACACCAUCGGCCGUUUCUACAAUCACAUCUUAAACGCUCUUGGUUACCUCACGCAUUGUGGCAACGACAGUUCAAUUUUCACAGGAGACCCAAGAAAACAAGUCAAUUUUGAUGGGUGGUCGGUGCAGGGUAAGACAAUAGAGGUAACUGACUAUCUAUCAUCCAUUGCUGCCAUCCAAGCCAUUGUUGAGCAAGGUGAAGGAAGCUCUCCUUGUAACCCUGAUAGCUGGUUUUCAGGAAAAGAGCAACUGUCACAUUACUAUUUGUUCUACUCCAUUGCUGAGAAACGGGAGAUUGAAGUGUUUCACACAAACAGAACUGGAAGCAAUGAAGUAUGUCUUUGACUACGUACAUUUUUAUGGAACAGCUAUUAAUAGCAGAUGCCCUGAUGUGAUUGCUAAUUUGUUUCUCGAUGACGCCACUUUUGAUAAUGAAUGAAGAUCCAUGAUAGCUAGACGUUAAAACGUUAAAAGAAACAUAUGAAAGUGAGGCAAAUGAUAAGAAAUGUUAUUUUGCAAUACCUUUCAUUGCGCGCAAAUUAGCUGUUUGAUCAACAGGCUCGCAAAUAAAGCCAAUCUUGGAACAAGAAAUGUCAAAGAUGGAAACCUAAAGAGUUCUAAACCUGGAUACAUUUUUACCCCCCAUUCCGCAUUACUAACCCACCACACUGACCCUCAAAAAGCAUACCUUUAGCUGGUCACGUCACAUUAGUGUCGUGGUCUGAAAAAAGCGUUGAAUGAAACAGCAGUCGCUUUGAUAACUGUGAUGACGAAAGACGUACAUUCAUGCUGUCAGAGAGCCCAUUAUGAGCAUGAAAAUUGAAAGCAUUGGUUUGAACUUUGGAAAAAUUUGGGUCUAAGUUUUAAACUGUAGUAUAGAAAAGCUGAAAUGCUGAAGAAUUGGCAGAUAUAUGAACUAUGUGUGAUCGACGCUCUUCUCCAUGAUAUCACUCCGAGUCUGUAAGAAAAUAGCAAAAUGAGAGAGUUUUCUUUGAAUCACUUCAAUCAGUUUUGUUGUUAUUCUAGAGUUUCUCCUUUAAGACUAGUUUAUAAUUGGCCAGUUUCGAAUGAUACAAUUUUGUACUUGGUUCCGAGGAGUGGUUAGGUACAAAUUUGAGGACAUAAUAAAAAAGAUUCAUAAUUUUUUUUUCUCAGCCUCGACGCCAAAUAUGAAUUUUGAUACUUUGAAAAAGGCCUAAACAUCUCAAGUUUUUUUCUCCAAAUUUUAUGUCAGUGCCUCUUUUACUUUCUGUAAAUCUUUCUUAAUAGGACUUUAACUGCUCGUAUUACUUCGCCGGUCCCAAGAUUCCUUUCGAUCCCAAAGGCGUUUGGCCGAUGGUUGACAGUCCUCGAAUGUCCCGGUAUCAAGCGGGUUCUAAAGCGUACAGGCAGGCAGUAAGGUUCAACAAAGCCUAUACAAGGCUGUUGAAGUCUUUGGACAAGGUAUUCAACGGUCAUCCUGACACCUUAAGGGAUGCCAUUGGCUGCAUGUACUCAGUUGAUCUUCACUUGAAAAAGUUGGUAAAGACACCCAUCGAAGACAACGGGGACCCGCUUGUUGGGCCUAACGCUGGGCCGACCUUUGAGUUUACACCAUAG